GACUGUUUUACCGACGCGGAAUUCGAAGUUCGGGCUCCACAGCUAAGUUUAAUGUAUACGAAUUAAUAAUUUAUAAUAAAAUUACAUUAGUCAGUUUAAUUAACACGAUGACUGCAAAUUAUUAUUUUGCAAUCGUCGGUCACACCGAUAAUCCUUUAUUUGAAAUUGAAUUUAAUAAUUCCGGGAAAGAUGCAAAGAAAGAAGACUAUACGCAUUUAAAUCAGUUUAUCGCACACGCUGCAUUAGAUCUUGUUGACGAACAUACAUGGAAAACAACAAAUAUGCAUUUGAAAGUAGUUGAUAAAUUUAAUCAGUGGUUUGUGAGUGCAUUUGUUACUGCAACUCAUAUCAGAUUUGUCAUGGUACAUGAUAGUAAAAAUGAGGAUGGUAUAAAGAAUUUUUUUAAUGAAAUGUAUGAAAUGUACAUAAAGUAUUCAAUGAAUCCAUUCUAUAAACUUAACACACCUAUCAAAUCUAUUGGUUUUGAGAAGAAAGCUCAACUGUAUGGUAGGAAAUAUUUAUCAUCUUGAAUUCUUUUAGUGUUAAUUUGUAUUAUAUUGUAAAAGACAUUGUGUAAGGUAUACUGAUUUUGUUUUCAGUGUAAAAUAUAUGUAAAUAUAUAAGAUUAUUACCAUUAAUAAAAUUUUAUUAGUAAAAUGUA